AAAAGUAUAUCGGUUAUACCAAUUCUUCACACAUAAUAACUAAAAUUUUCAAGUAUUAGGAACUAUUUUGCCUUUAUUUUUAUUCAUAAAAUCGAUUAUUUUUUUUUUACCGUUCUUGUUCUUGGUCUUGCAACAAUUAGGCGGUCUUGGUCUUGAUCUCGCAAGACCAAUUUUAAGCAACACUACCAUACACGAAGCAAACCUAAACAAGGUACAAGUUUAACUUAGCCGGCGAGAGAGUUAAAGAAAAGUUGCAAACUAAUAUGGCGGAGGGACAGGAUUAGAAGAGGAUCAAGGAGUUUGCAGUAGCCUCAGCUUUAAUUACUUGAUGCCGGAAAGCUGCCCUGACGAAACGUACUCCGCACGAUGUGGUCUGGAGUUAUCCGGGAGUUUCUCCAACUGGGAUUUACACUGGGAAGCCGGCUGUUAUUUCACUCACCAUUUAACCAGGAGGUCGCUUCAUUACCAUUAACUAAUUGUUGGAGCAAUCUGUGUGGGGACCUAUCAGCAGCCCGGGGGGCAUCACCUACCGAUUGGGGCGCUCUCUGGAAUCUGCCGCACCUAAUCACCAGAUUAACUUCGGGUAGAUGUCUUUGGAUUAGGCUGACUCACCGCCUCCGCUACAACUCCUCUGUCUAUCAUUACUUAUACAAUUAGUUUAAUUAAAACUGGAAAGUACAUUACAAUAUUUUUUUUUAUUAAUCAAAUUUAAAACUGUAUUAAAAUAAAAAUUACCCAGGGAUGGCCAAUUUUUAUUUUUCACACUCUUAGAAUUUAAGGACAUAUAUAGAUCCUCGGUGAGCUCAGAGGUCAAGAGAAAACUUUUGUUGAGCACAGUACUUCCUGUCAUGACAUAAAGGUUGUGAAAUAUGGGUAAUUGACCAAAAGACUUGUCACAAUGAAUAUUUUGUAGAUAUCUAUUUUUUAUUCGUUUUUAUCCAUUUGCAUUGUAUGUACAAAUAAAGGUUAUUAUUAUUAUUAAAAUAAAAAUACAACUAGUAAAUAUGACUCAGAGAAAUGUAAUGACGUGAAAAACCUUGUGGAGAAACUACCCAUUGCUACUAUUCUAAUGUGAUGUUUAAAUUAGAAUACUACGAGGACAUCUUUUCAGAUUUCUUUGGAGGUUAGCAGGGAUCGAAGAGGAAACGAUAUUAGAUAAAAGAGGAAUCGGAUGGUUAUGAAGUAUGUUAUAGAAGACUUGUUUAGAGGAUAGGUACUGACAUUCAAUGCAAAUUUCGGACAUAAAUAAAGCUCUCGAUAGGUAAACUAAAUUAUUAGACAUGAUAGCUUUCAAACCAUUCUAUGAUAAUUGUAAUUCGGUAAGGAAUCUCCACGAUAAGUAUAAUAGAUAUGUCCGAGUUCAGAAUAGUGAAUUUCUUAUUGUAUAUAUAUGAAUCAGACUUGUAAUAAGUUGCUACCUGAACCUAUAAUUACGUUUGAAACGAGAGGAUUCAGAUGGUUCUGAAGUUUAUCGUGAAAAAUAGGUGUCUGGAUUAGACCACAUCGGAAACAUGUGGAACGUUAAGAUCAUUAUGAAUGAUUUUAUUUUGAGAAAGUAAGAAGCGUGUUGAGGAUUUUACAAAGCGUUUUAUAAAGUAAGGAUUGAAAC